CAUCCGGAUGACAUGGCCAGUCCAUCUGAGCUGGUGCUGUGCGAUGAUGGCAGUGAUGCUAUAACUCUGGAUCCCAACACUGCACACCCUCUGCUCAUCAUUUCCCCAGAUAUGACCAGUAUCAGAUACAGUAGAAUACAGCUGCUUCCUGAUAACUCAGAGAGAUUUGAUCGCUGGGUCAAUGUGUUGGGCUCUGAGAGCUUUGGAUCUGGGGUGCACUACUGGGAUGUGGAGGUUGGAGAUUGCAGUGACUGGGAUGUGGGUGUGGUGACAGAGUCAGCCAAGAGGAAGGGGAUGAUUACUGACUGGCCAGGAGUUUGGUAUGUGCAUUAUGUACGAGGAAGUUAUGAGGUCCUUGAAUCUCCACAGUUAAUCCAAAGGCUUUCUGUGAGGCUUGCAGUGAGGCAGAAGCCCAAGAAGAUCAGAGUGUUGUUGGACUGGGAGAGGGGGAAGGUGUCACUCUAUGAUGCUGAUAAUAACACACACCUACACACUUUCAGACACGCUUUCACUGAGAGAGUGUUUCCAUUUUUUGGUUCUCAGUGUGUUCAAGUCCCUGUGAGAAUUGUACCACCAGAGUAGUCUGAUAGUGGGCACAAUAUUCAAGUGGGCCUUGGUGAA